GAGCGCCGCACGCUGCUCCACCUCGCGGCGCAGGGGGGGUCGGAGGAGGUCCUGGAGGUGCUGCUGCAGCACCCAACGGCUCAAAGGCACCUCGAUGCCCGAGACUCGGCCAGGAGAACGCCCGUGCACCUCGCUGCCGCCAUGGGCUUCGACGGCUGCGUGCAGAGGCUCCUGGAGGCGAGGGCAGCGAUGGAGAAGCACGACGUCGAUGGCAGCACGCCGCUGCUGCUCGCGACGAGGUUCGAGUGGCCAGAUGUCGUCCGCUUGCUCCUGAAGGUAGGGUCCAACCCGCUGGACAGGAAUAAGUGUGGUCAGUGCUCGGCAGAUCUGGCGGUGCUGAAGGAGGACCGAGAGCUGGUUCCCAUCAUUCUCGACGUUGCGCAGAAGAGGCAACCAUCCGGCGGCUGGGGAGCGCUGCUGCACAAGUUCCGCGAGAAGCUGGCCUCGGAGGGCCACGAGGAGGUGACGGACGCCAAUCUCGAGGGCGGUGGUGAGGCGCAGUCGGGUGCCGCAGGCGAACUGUCCGACGUGGAGAUCCACCUGAGAUCUAGAUCCGUCAGCCCAGCCGAGCCCCUGUUCAAGGGCACCAUCGGAUCAGGGGUCGGCUGCCUUGCUGGCCCGCUGAUGCGACGAGGGCCCGCAGCUGCGCCGCAGCUGCAGACCGCUGCUGUCCGGCGCCACGCCUUCUUCCCUGAGGGUACCGCGCGCCUCGGGUGUGAGGUCGAGUGGAGGGCGGACCAGCCCAGGGUGGCGGGAGUGAGCGCCAACGGCCAGGCGGAGCGCUGUGGCCUCAAGCCCGCCGACCGCAUCGUGGAGAUCGCCAGCACGCGCACCUCUGGCAAAUGCCGAGACGAACUGCUGCCUCUGCUCAAGGUCCGCCCGUUGAUGAUCAAGGUGGACCGUGAUGAACCCGUUGGGCUGGACGAGCCGCACGUGCAGAUCCUCUUGUCUAUCGGGCGGGAAUUCGAGGAGCUGGGCCUCCAGCUGGCGAAGCUGGGGGCCCUGCCCGUAGUUAGCCGGGUGGAGGUCGACAGCGAUGCUUGGGCCGCGGGACUCCUGGAGGGUGACGCCAUCCUGCGGGUGAGCGGCCAGCUCACGACGGGUCUUUCCAGGGCCACCAUGACAUCACUCGUGGAGAACCGGGGGGAGAUCACCAUCUGGCGCCGCCCGCUUGGCAUGGACCUCGCGACCCCGUGGAAGGAGGUGCAGGGGCCAGGGUGCUCCGAGUGA